CGGCGGCGGAGGAGGUGAAGGAGGAAGAGAAGUAGGUGACGCGGACCGGACCGGACCGGACCGGAGAGGCUUAUCUCCUCUGGCCCCGGGGUUGGCACCUCCGCCGGUCCCCCGCGCCAGCAAAGUUUGAAGCCACAGGCGCCGCGCUGCGCCGCGCGCCGGUCCCUCCCCGUGCAGUUCCCUCGGUGGGGUCUGUGCUGCCGCCGCUGCCAGGGCAGGACAAAGGCUCAUUAACACGUGAUGGGACCGCGCUUCAUAAAUGGGACCGGAGCGAGAGGGAGCCAGAGACAGAGCGCGAGCGGAGGGAGAGGCAGGGACCGCGCGAGCUGGGCUAGGCGACCGGCGCCCGGGCUGGCGGAAACGGGCGGCCCCACGCCGGGCCAGGCGGGGCGAGCGGGAGGACCCAGUGAGGAGCCCCGGGAAGGGGCGAGGCUCGCGGGCAGAGGGGGCGCCAGUCCGGAUCGCUGUCGAGGGCGGGCGCUGGAGGCAGGGGACGCCGGCGCGCGCGCUGCGCGGACCGACUGACUUACUGACCGACAGACGGAGGCACACCCCGCUCCACCCCACCCUGCCUCGCCCGCAUCCCCGCGCCGGCGCCGCCUCCCUCUCGCUACUCUCUCGGCCACCCCUUCCUUCUCCACUUCUUUUCCGCCUCCGCCUCUUCUGGGCUCCCGCGGCGCCAGUGCCUUUCCCUGGCCCGGGCGGGGCGCCUCGGCUCCCUGCAGAGCUCUCCGUACAGUCAGGGGGCACGUUUCGUUCUAGCAGAGAAGCAGCCCCUGCGCCGGGUGAGAGGUGCCAAGGGAGCUUCUCCCCCGAGGACCGGGGGAUGCGAAGGGUAAGAUCCUGCAGAGUUGCGUUUGAUUCCCUGCUGCGGGGCUCCUUCUCAGUCACUUUGAGUGCGGCCUAACCCAAGACAGAGGGUAUGAAGUCGAUCCUCGAUGGCCUUGCAGAUACCACCUUCCGCACCAUCACCACGGACCUCCUCUAUGUGGGCGCCAAUGAUAUUCAGUACGAAGACAUCAAAGGCGACAUGGCCUCCAAAUUAGGGUACUUCCCGCAGAAAUUUCCUUUAACUUCCUUUAGGGGAAGCCCCUUCCAAGAAAAGAUGACUGCCGGCGACAACACCCAGUUAGUCCCCGCAGACCAGGUGAACAUCACCGAAUUCUACAACAAGUCUCUCUCGUCCUACAAAGAGAAUGAGGAGAACAUUCAGUGUGGGGAGAACUUCAUGGACAUGGAGUGCUUCAUGAUUCUCAACCCCAGCCAGCAGCUGGCCAUCGCCGUGCUGUCCCUCACGCUGGGCACCUUCACGGUCCUGGAGAAUCUGCUGGUGCUGUGCGUCAUCCUGCACUCACGCAGCCUCCGCUGCCGGCCUUCCUACCACUUCAUCGGUAGCCUGGCCGUCGCCGACCUCCUGGGCAGCGUCAUCUUCGUCUACAGCUUCGUGGACUUCCACGUGUUCCACCGCAAAGACAGCCCCAACGUGUUUCUGUUCAAACUGGGCGGGGUCACGGCCUCCUUCACCGCCUCGGUAGGCAGCCUGUUCCUCACGGCCAUAGACAGGUACAUAUCUAUUCACAGGCCCCUGGCCUAUAAGAGGAUCGUCACCAGGCCCAAGGCCGUGGUGGCCUUUUGCCUGAUGUGGACCAUUGCAAUCGUGAUAGCUGUGCUGCCUCUCCUGGGCUGGAACUGCAAGAAACUGCAGUCCGUGUGCUCGGACAUUUUCCCUCUCAUCGAUGAAACCUACCUGAUGUUCUGGAUCGGGGUGACCAGUGUGCUGCUGCUGUUCAUCGUCUACGCCUACAUGUACAUUCUCUGGAAGGCUCACAGCCAUGCCGUCCGCAUGAUCCAGCGCGGGACCCAGAAGAGCAUCAUCAUCCACACGUCAGAGGACGGCAAGGUGCAGGUGACCCGGCCGGACCAAGCCCGCAUGGACAUCAGGUUGGCCAAGACCCUGGUCCUGAUCCUGGUGGUUCUGAUCAUCUGCUGGGGCCCUCUGCUCGCCAUCAUGGUGUACGAUGUCUUUGGGAAGAUGAACAAGCUCAUUAAGACGGUGUUUGCCUUCUGCAGCAUGCUCUGCCUGCUAAAUUCUACCGUGAACCCCAUCAUCUACGCUCUGCGGAGCAAGGACCUGAGACAUGCUUUCCGGAGCAUGUUCCCCUCAUGUGAAGGCACCGCGCAGCCUCUCGACAACAGCAUGGGGGACUCGGACUGCCUGCACAAACACGCCAACAAUGCAGCCAGCGUCCACAGGGCGGCAGAGAGCUGCAUCAAGAGCACGGUCAAGAUCGCCAAGGUGACCAUGUCUGUCUCCACGGACACGUCCGCUGAGGCGCUGUGAGCCUGCCGCCUUCCUGGCAGCGCAGGAAAACAAAUUCUUCUUCUCCUUCUUCUUCUUUUUCUUUUUAAAGCUCAAAAUCUGGAUGAGUCUGUCGUCUCAUUGGUUAUACUUUUUUAAGUUUACCAUGCUCAGUGCAAAGGUGAUUGUCACUGUCAUCAGUUCUCAGUUCUCUAACGGUUCAAUAGUGUAGUCCUAAAACUCAGUUCUCCAGGGAUUUACAGUGAAGAAAGCCUGUUGUUUAAAGGACUGGAAGGAAGGUCCUUCAAAGUCUCAAUGAAAUAGGAGAGAAAGCUUUGGGUACACAGUUUGAAGCCUAAGUACCCAUAGAAAAAGGCCAUCAAAUUUGUAAUGCCUUUGUAACCACAACUUUUCUUAUCAUGUGAAAUGUAUUUGUCUGGAAGUAUCAGAGAUGUCCACUUUUACAGCAGUUCUAGUACUAUAGUAGAGAGAUUUUGUAAAAUGUAUUGUGUCCUGUGAGAUGUGUAUCAGUGUUCUACUCUGUGUUAUUUAUAUCUGUCUAGUUCAGCAGAACUGAAAGGUGGACUCCGAUGAGAACAAUGGAACAUAAGUAGUGGAUAUAUGCCAAUGGGACCACUUUUUAAAACAAUUAUUGCCCACGAUGUAACUUUAGAAACCUUAAUAUUUUUUCAAAUAUCUCUCUUUAAAUUUGACAUCGAAGUAACCAUAAAGGUUUAUUUUUCUGUUAAUGCAACAAGAAGAAUUUGAAAGUCUUGAGCAGAAUUCAUUGACACAAAUUUAUUAGUCCUGCAUUUUCAUAUGAGGACAAUGUAUUAUCUUCUGGACUAUAGCUGUUCUGUUGAGUGAUGGAUUACAAUCAGAACAGAAGAGAGACGGCAUAUUGACUUUUGGCUGGCACCUCUGACUUUCUUUAGUCUUUAGCUAUUACUGGACCUCUUAAGACAGCAUGUGUCAAUCUUAAUGUAUGUUGUUAUCACUGUGCAGUCGCUGUUUACUUGAAGAGUAUUGCAUUCCUUUAGUCCAGGUUUAAGUAAAUUUCAUGCCUGGGUGGCCAAACAACAGUCUUCAUUUUUUUUCUUAAUUGAGAAGAAGUAUUGUCUGGAUCAGUAAAAUUAUAUUGUGUGUGAGUGUGAAUAUAAAUAUGUGUAUGUUUGUGUUUCUAUCCUGUGACUGUUCUAAAGUGAUGUCAUAAAGUGAGCAAACUGUGACCACGUGUAAACUGUACCAUUGCUGCACUCUGGCCCAUGGAUUCAGUUUCUAAAAUUGAGUUCUUCCGGAAAUCUUGUUGAUAAAAAUACUGACCAUAAACCUUCAGAACCCUCCCCUUUUGAGACUGCCUCCAGUGAUUACUAAACUGACCUUUAGGUAUUUCAUAAGAGCAGUGUUUAGCAAGGAAUCAUCAAUCAUGAACAUUCAAGUUCAGGUCUGUGUUUACAGUGUUCAUGUCCGAAAAUGGGAGUGUUUUGGUUUCUGAGCACCUAAUAUCGAUCAAGUCCAUGGAGAUGUAAGUCAUUAUAAGGGAAGUGGUUCUAAAAAACCCCCAGUGGUAACAUUUCAGUUGCAGGUGUAGGCAGUGUGAUUCCAGUGUCAGUAGCACUAGACACAGUUCGCUGCAGUAGGACUACCAGAUCCGGCUCAUGUGGUGAGAAGGCUGAGCAGACAGUAGGUGAGACAGAAAAGGGCAGUGAGGAGCCGACACGCUCGUGAUUGAGACCUGGAUGUCAUAUGGCUGCUUCUGGGCUUCGCCGAGAUCCCCUUGGUGAUACCUUGGCACCAACUUUGUCUGGAUAAGUUUGGGCCAAGGAAGAGGCCUCUCCUUUGCUUCUGGGUAGCAAGAUGUGCUAAAGCAUAAUGAUGAGCUUGGCCUGCUUUCUUCUUCUGCCCCAUUUCAUACUCCUGAGUGGUGCCGUGGGUGCUCUGAAUGAGGCCCUCUCCCAGGAAGCAUCGACAAUGCUAAAGAAGACACUUGACUCUGAAAAGUUUACUUACAAACUAUCUUCUCCCUAAAAACAGAUAAAGCCUGGCUCUUGCAGGACCCGGAGGCCUGUGUACCAGAAUGUAAAGUGGAGAGCUAGCAUUUAGCUGGUGAUUUCUAGCUAACUGUUACCCCAGCAGCCUGAUGGGGCAGUGCCCUUUCUAACAGCGUGAGGCUGAAUGUGGCCUGUGGUCCAAGCUGGGAUACUUUUAAUUGUCUGUCUAUGCAGCUUGAAUCUGCCUGCUGGUUCCCUCACUUUACCUCUCUGUGAAAUGCAGAUGCAGAUGAAGGCUCAGGGUGCUCGGGGAUGAAGAAGGAGAAAAGAUUAUUUAUGAACAAAACUCACCAGGGUCUAGUUUUCAUUUAAGAGUUGCCACUCUUUUGUUCCCAAUUACCCCGAAUGUUAAUCCACACAUCUCAGAGCUCACCAGGCAGCACCUCUGAAGACCUGGUGAAGAUAUAAUUCUUGUUAGUGGUAGGUAAAUUCUAGGAUUCAUUUUUGAAACUGUAUUUGUGUAUAUGCAAUGUAGAUUUUAUAGUGUGUUGUGCUUUCAAGAGCUAACUCAUAUAUAAUAAAUUAAGGGACAAUGGGGCUGAUAGCACUAAACUUGGUGCUUAUUGAUAUUCUAUGAAAUAUCUGUGAAAUAUCAUCAUGGAUGUGUUACACAACCUUCAUUCCAAAAUGUUUAAAUGAGUUUGAUCCACUCUGACACUUAUAAUAUCAUUUCCUAACCCAAGUGACUCAAAUGUUCUCCCCAGUGAAUAUACUCAUUAGAAUCAUUAUUUAUUAGUAUCAUUCAUUAAUUAGUCCCUUAAUUAGACUCAUUGGUUUAAAUAUAAUUUAGAUUUCAGUAAGUUCUGUGGGGUCUGAAUUCAGAAUCAUCCACUUUCCUCUGAGGCUGACGUAUGUGUCUGGACCAUGCAUUUCACCAUCACAUAUGUCUUCAGCAAGGGCCAGAUUGCCAACCUGUUCAAUUUCUUCAGAGUGAUGAUGAAUCGUUCAAUCCCAGACCAACAGUUUCAUUUAGAUAAGGAAGGCUGCCUCCAAGAACCUCUGAUUUUCUAUUACAUAUGAAAGAUCUGUAAAAGAGAGAUGGAGCUGGAAGAAGCUACAGACCAUACCCACACUUGAGAUGAUAACCAAGCAUCCCCAUCACCUUGAGUCAGGUCUGUCUGGCAUUAAGUGUCAUGGCCAUCUAAACCCACACUGCAGGAAAUAAGCCCAACCACCAGAUGAGAAUUAGGCCCUUGGUGAGCGGCAUUCUAAUUCCUGUCCUGUUGAUUAAUUUCUGCCAUUCCAUGUUUGUAAAAGAGACCACCAAUAUCAUGCGCAAAAUUAGAUUUCUCAUAAUCUAACUGUAUAUUUGUAUAUUUGAAAAUCUCCUAAAUGCUGGGCAAUGGCUAUUAACAAUUGUCUUGCCCUGGCCUUCUGAUGAAAUGUUAACAAUGCCUACUAUAAUAUAGACAAAACAUUUUAUCUACUGAUUUGGGCUGAAUGUAUGUAAAUAGGUUUUAAAAAAAGGUCAGAUGUUUAAACAGUGGCCUACAAAUCAGUGAUUUUCAUAUAGGAGAGUUUCUCUACACUGCUGUGGCAUCCUAAAAGCUAGCUUCACGUAAAUUUAGUACACUAGGCCUGCUGGGGAUCUGGGUCCCCAAGAAAGGAAAGCUUUUAUGUAACAAUAUGAAUCAAGAGACCAGAUUAUCUGGAUUCUUAUUUCCAAUGUUUCAAGUGGAAAACAUAACUCUUUAUUGUCUGUAAAUCUAACAUGAUUACUUUUCCUCUUAGAAGACUAUCGUAUUGUUAGAUGUUUGUUGAGCUGGUAACAUCCUUGCAACCGCUGCAAUAUCUUUGUUAGUAAUAAAAUUUUGUACACAAGUACUAGUAAGGUUGUUAUUCAAUGUAGCUUCAGUCAUUAAAUUGCUAUAGCAAAGUAGUACUUCUGUAAUAUUUACAAUGUAUUAAGCCCACACUAUAUUUUAUUUUAAUGAUGUAAUUAAAUUGUUAUUUAUUCAAAGAGAAAA